AUGGGUGGUUGUUGCAGUUGUUUGAGAGAGUCUACUUCGGAAGAAACCAAUGUAUUACCAAUCGCUGAUAAUGAGCGUGAAGCUGUGACAGCUUUAUUAGGAUUUUUGGAAGAUAAAGAUCGUUAUGAUUUUUAUUCUGGAGGUCCUUUAAAAGCUUUGACCACUCUAGUUUAUUCAGAUAAUUUAAAUCUACAAAAAAGUGCAGCUUUGGCAUUCGCUGAGAUUACUGAAAAAUAUGUACGUCCUGUUGGUCGUGAAGUAUUAGAUCCAAUUCUAAUAUUAUUAAGAAGUUCAGAUCCACAAAUUCAGGUUGCAGCAUGUGCGGCUUUGGGUAAUUUAGCAGUUAACAAUGAAAAUAAAGUUUUGAUUGUAGAAAUGGGAGGAUUGAAGCCAUUAAUUAAUCAAAUGAUGGGAGAUAACGUGGAGGUUCAAUGUAAUGCAGUAGGUUGUAUUACAAAUUUGGCUACUCAAGAUGAUAAUAAACACAAAAUCGCUACUUCAGGAGCUUUAAUCCCACUAACAAGAUUGGCAAAAUCAAAGCAUAUUAGAGUUCAGAGAAACGCCACAGGUGCUCUAUUAAAUAUGACACAUUCUGGCGAAAACAGAAAAGAAUUAGUAAAUGCUGGCGCAGUCCCUGUUCUAGUAUCAUUAUUGUCAUCUACUGAUCCAGAUGUUCAAUAUUAUUGUACUACUGCAUUAUCAAACAUAGCUGUCGAUGAAUCAAACAGAAAAACAUUAGCUCAAACAGAACCCCGUUUAGUAUCUAAACUUGUUUCCUUAAUGGAUUCUCCUUCCCAAAGAGUUAAAUGUCAGGCUACUCUAGCUUUAAGAAAUUUAGCAUCCGAUACCAGUUAUCAAUUAGAAAUAGUUAGAGCAGGAGGUUUACCACAUUUAGUCAAACUAAUUCAAAGUGACUCGAUGCCUUUGGUAUUGGCAAGUGUUGCUUGUAUAAGGAAUAUUUCCAUUCAUCCUCUAAACGAAGGUCUGAUUGUAGAUGCAGGUUUCUUAAAACCACUGGUUAACCUAUUAGAUUAUAAAGAUUCGGAAGAAAUUCAAUGCCAUGCAGUAUCUACAUUGAGAAAUUUAGCUGCUUCCUCAGAAAAAAAUAGAAAAGAAUUCUUCGAAAGUGGUGCUGUUGAAAAAUGUAAAGAUCUGGCUUUGAACUCACCAAUAAGUGUACAAUGUGAAAUUUCUGCAUGUUUUGCAAUUUUGGCAUUAGCCGACGUUUCAAAAAUAACAUUAUUAAAUUUGAAUAUCCUUGAUGCAUUAAUCCCAAUGACUUUCUCUAAAAAUCAAGAAGUUUCUGGUAAUGCAGCCGCUGCAUUAGCAAAUCUAUGCUCUAGGAUUAAUAAUUACUCAAAAGUGAUGGAUGCAUGGGAUCAACCAAAUGAUGGUAUUCGUGGAUUUUUGGUUAGAUUUUUACAAAGCGGUUACGUUACUUUUGAACAUAUCGCUUUAUGGACUAUUUUACAAUUACUUGAAAGUCAUAACGAUAGAGUUGUUCAAUUAGUCAGGAAUGAUAAAGAUAUAAUAGAUGGUGUUAAAUAUAUGGCUGAUGUGACAUAUGAACGUAUUCAAAGAUCAGAUGCUGAUUCGAAGAAUGCUGAUAAUGAUUUAGUCAAUUCGGCAAAUUCAGAACAACCUGAAGAUGCUAGUAUGGACUUGUACAAUAUUACACAACAAAUUCUACAAUUUUUGAAUUGA